AUGGUCCCCCUCCGAUCCCCGGUCUCAGGGCGGCCUGAUAGAUAUGAUCCCAAGACAUACUAUCCUGCUCGUAUCGGAGAGACCAUAUGCAACCGAUACCGCAUCAUCUCAAAGCUUUGCUGGGGUACCAACUCUACCGCUUGGUUGGCUAAAGACGUGACUCGCUGGAUGUGGCAGUCGAAUCGAUAUGUGACCUUGAAAAUCACCAAUCGUGGCAAAGAAGAACAGAAAUCUGCGCAUGAAGAAGUAGAGAUGUCGCAACAAAUAUCUCGUCUGCGAUCUAGCCACGAGGGUAGAAGAUAUGUCCGGCUAGUAAAGGAGUCCUUUGAGAUCCAAGGCCGGCUAGGAAAUCAUCUAUGCCUGGUGUUUGAACCAUUAAGGGAACCACUCUGGCUUUUGGGAAAGCACCUUGGGAGCAACGGUGUACCUUCGGCUCUCAGUCAAGAUCUCAAGUCAGACAACUUUCUUCUGGGAUUUGAAGACUCUACCGUCCUUGAGACUUAUGUCCGUCAGCAGGAAAGUGAUCCUGCUCCAUUCAAGGAUGGCGGUGGCCGCCCUGUAUUUCAGUUUCGCCCUGACUUUGGAUACCUGAGAAAAGGGGUAGGUCUGGUUCAUAUUAGUGACUUCAGCUCUGCUGUUUCUGGUAGAGUUUCAGUACCUCACAAUCAUGAUAUUCAGCCUCAACCCUUUUGCGCACCAGAGGUACUUUUGAAAGCGACAUGGACAUACAGCGCGGAUAUAUGGAACUUGGGCACCAUGCUAUGGGAGCUCCUUGCGGAUGAAGUUCUGUUCAAUGGGCUAGACCCAACAGGCAACACCUAUUCCCGGGCAGCUCACAUAGCUCAAAUGAUUCGUCUGCUGGGUCCGCCUUCCAAACAACUACUGGCCAGGGCUGAUGAGGGCGUUUGUUCCCGAUAUUUCUCCAGCCAAGGGGAUUUCAAGUUCCCGAGUCUCAUCCCACCAGAGGAAUUCAAUCUUUCAAACGCCACGCCGUUUCUCCAUGGGGAGGACAAAAAACUCUUCCUAGACUUUGUGAGGAGAAUGUUUCGCUGGGAACCAGAAGAGCGUCCAACAGCCAAGGAGCUCUACGAUGAUUCAUGGCUGGAUUUUCGACCUUGA